AUGCAAAACAUCUGUAACGGCAAGAGCUGCUUCCUGGCACAGCUGCAGCCACUCAGUGAUGACCAGGACUGCUGCAUCUGCUACGAACACGUGAUUCUGCCAUUCACGACGCCCUGCGGCCACACAUUUUGUCGCAAAUGUCUUCAUCAAUGGACGGUCGACGCUCCUACUUGUCCUACGUGUCGAACAAUCUUGUACUUGCUGCCCGAUGCUGAGGAUUAUCUCUCCGCCGCUCAUGAUGAUGACGGUCUCGAUGACUUCGUUGUUUCGGACCGCGAAGCUGGUUACGAGAGCGAUAGUACUGAUGGCGAAGACGGCGAGCGGAUAAAUGGAGCUACAGCUCGCAGACUGGCCGCUGACACUGGCCUUAUCACCACCACCUUCGCCACCAACCACGACAAAAUCAUCGACCACCUCACUGAACUGUACCAGCGCAACGACAGAAACCUCGACUACAACCCAGUCGAAAGUGACGAACUCGUCAAGCUCAACUAUCAAUCCCAAAUCGACGCCUGCAUCGCCACCCUGCUCUACCUCAAACCUCACCGUGGCGAUGCUCAUACUCUGAGGGAUGUAUGCCAUCGCGACUGGGAGAAGAUCGCAGAAAUAUUCCACAACGUCCUCCGGCGUGAAGACGGGGAGGUCAUGGAAGCAAGAGAAUUGUACUGGGAGCUCUUCGAUGAGGUCGCGGAUUAUGAGCUCAUUCCGGAGUUCUCUGAGUAUUCGCAGGAUGUCAUGCGGGCUCACAGUGCAAGGGGCGGUGACUGUUUUGGGGGUGACUUCUACGAAUUUACUGCGAGGGUGGUCAAGAUUGCGAGGGAUGCGUAUCUGGAGAGUGUUGAAGAUGAUGAGUUUGGGUUGUACAUGCAGGCCUUUCAAAAUUGGGUAGUAUAG